AUGCGGGUGCCCAGAACGCGUGCAGGGAGUGGCGAAGGAGCAGUGGAAACGGAGCGUGUGCUGACGCCGCUCACAAACAGCAGCGAGCUGCUGCUGCCCAACUUCUCGUCGGUGGAGAGCCUCAACUCUGGCCUGACGCGCACCACGCCCACCCUGACGCCCACCACGCUGCGCAACAUUGAGGAGACGUUCAUGGCGUUCGACGGCGGCCUGGUGGCGCCGCCGGUGUCCCACCAGCACCAGGCCGGAUUUGGCCACCACCGCGGCGGCCGCCGACCCAAGGAGGACGACGAACUGUCGCCCGAGGAGGAGCAGCGGCGCCGCGUGCGCCGCGAGCGCAACAAGCAGGCGGCGGCACGGUGCCGGCGGCGCCGGCUCGACCUCACCAACACGCUGCAGAUGGAGACUGAGGAGCUGGAGGAUGAGCGCUCUAGCCUCGAGCGCCAGAUCCAGAUGCUGACCGCCCAAAAAGAGGAGCUCAACUUCCUGCUGGAGGCGCACCGGCCCUGCUGCAAGCUCGGCAGGGACAAGGAGAACGCGCCCAAGCGGCGUGUCAUCGUCAAACAGGAGGCGGCCAAGGCGGCGCGCGCCGAGCCGUCGGAGCCGGAGCGGCCGGUGGCGGCUGGCCCGGCUGGCCCGGCGGCCAAGGUGCCGCGGCCUACCACGCUGUCGGUGGCCGGCUUCGCCACUGCCACAAGCAUGCACAAGGAGGUGGCGCUCAGCACGCCCUCCCAGGGCCUGGCGCUCAACUUUGACUCGCUGCUGCAGGGCGGCACUGGUCUGACGCCGGUCGGAGGCGCCGCCCUGCCCGCCCUGAUGCCGCUACCAUCUGGAUCGCUGGCCACGCCGGUGGUGUCUCAGCCAGAGCGGCGUGCCGACAUGCUCAGCCCGGAGACGGGCAAGGAGCUGGUCUCGCUGUGA